GCACUGGGGGGCGCAGCUGGGGCUGCAGGUGCGCGCGGCCGUUACUGGGCGGAGGGGGCCAGUCCCCGCCCCCACCUCCCCCUCCACUUCCCCAGCCCGGCCGGGGUCACCAUGCGGCUGCUCGGGCACCUCCUGGCCGCCGCCGCGCUGCAGCUCGUGGCCGAGGGCAACAGUGCAAGCCCUUCCCCCACAUUGGCACCCCCCCUCACCAUGGUGGUGAAUGGCGAGAGGAAGACGCUGGUGAUGUGCAUGGUGGACGAUCUCCCUGAGGGCACAGCAGAUGCCAUCUGGUUUUCAAAUGAGAAUGGGAGUGCCUUGGACUCCUUCACGUAUGGGUUUUCUCAGGCAGAGGACGGCACCUUCAGCACAGUCUCUCACCUCUCCGUCCUCACCACAGAGCUGGAGUCAUGGGCUUCGCUUGCCUGCCACGUGCAGCUGAACAAAACCAUGCAAGUGUGGAGUGCCAUCCUGCUGCCAAUCUCUGAAGAGAGCAUGGGAGAGAUGUGUCCAGAUGAAGACCAAGGUGCUCUGCAUUUCCAGUCCUACACUCUACUUCUCCUGGCCAUCAGAGUUUUGUUGCUAAAGUUCCUUCUGCUUGAUGUGCUGGUCACCUGUAGCUUCCUUUUCAGAGGGGAGCUGCACUCUCCAGGGCCUUAUCUGCACUGCUAUGGAGCCCCUCCUGCUAGUGAUGUGCUGAUGUAGCUAUAUUGGCAGAGCCCCCAAGCAAAGAGGGAACAUGGAUCAGCCCAGCUGAAAUAUCCAAAUGGUUCACCUGCUUAGGUGUGGUUCUUCAAAGGGGAGGCAGUCUUGUUUGUCAUCAUGGAGAGCAUGGACUAAGGGCAAGCUUUAGCCCAACAGAGCUGAUGACCAGAGAAGGCCACCACCUGGCUAGCAGAAACAAUGCUCCUCACACCAUUUCUUUAUGCCUCAUGGCUGAGUUGGAACAAAACCAAAAGGAAC